AUGGUGCAAAGUAAAACAUUGUUAGUGCGACAUUUGCCGCCUAACCUUACCGUCGAAGAAAGGGAAGAUCUGUUGAAACAUUUCGGUGCUAUUAAUGUUAAAGUUAUCAGUUCAAAAGUGAAAAAGAGUAGUUUGGUAUUUGCAACAUUUCCAUCUCGUGAGGAAGCAACUUCUGCUUUGCACAGACUUCAUCAACUUGAUGUGUUGGGUUAUCCCCUAACAGUUGAGUAUGCUAAAGGCGGAGAGAACUUGGAUACACUUCCAGAGGUAAAACAAGCAUUUCAAAUCCGCAAAGAUGAAAAAGAAAAUAGCCAAAAGCAUUAUGAAAAUUUUCUGCACAAACUAAAUACAUGGCAUAGUUCUGUGGAUUUCACCCAACCACCACCAGCUCAUCUACGUUAUCAAUAUCCUCCUCCUUCACAUACUGUGUUGGUGAAUAUAAUGAGAGCUCUUGCUUCUGUUCCAAAGUUCUACACACAAGUCUUACAUUUAAUGAAUAAAAUGAAUUUACCUUCUCCUUUCGAUUGCAUUUUUCCUGAACCUGACGUUUUAAAACAAAGUUCACAGGUAAUAACUUCAGAAAAUAUGGAUAUUCAAGAAAAAGUUUCUUCUACUGAAGAGUCUGAGAUUGAAAGUGAAGAGGACACAACACAAAUUCUCCAAAAUAUUGUUCCAGUCAAGAGAUCAUUACCUCCAAAAAAGACCAAAGUGAAAAGACCCAAGUUUGUCAAACCAGCCCCAGCUCCAACAUCCACAUCAAAAUCAUCCACAAAACCUGAAGAGGUGUUUGAGAAAGUGGAACUUGAGCCUACUCAACGUAAAAUUGCAUUUGUUCUUCCACCAGGAGAAACAAUCAUACAAUCUGCUGACUCUGCAAUGCCAUUAGAAAAUGACUCCACCAGUGUACCUUCUGGAUUUGGUUUAAUAUUUCCAGUUGUAAAAGAUCUCAAUACUGAAAAUGAAUCGGUUGACAGUGAAAACAAGGAAACAGAGGAGCCUACACCUAAAUCUUGCAUAACUUCACAAGAAUUAGCUUCAAACAGAAUUUCACCUCGAGAUCAAAAACAUCUCUCAGUAUUCAAGAAUUAUCAACCAGGGAUUCCUUCUUGCAGGUUGUACAUUAAAAAUUUAUCUAAACAGGUUGAUGAAAGGGACCUACAUUACAUAUAUUCCAAAUACAUUCUGCCUGAUAAUGAUGAGCAAGGAAGCAUGUUUGAUAUUCGUUUAAUGCAAGAAGGUCGAAUGAAAGGCCAGGCAUUUGUAACUCUCCAAAGUGUAAAACAGGCUCAACUUGCAUUAAAUCAAACCAAUGGCUACAUAUUGAAGGAUAAGCCAAUGGUGGUUCAGUUUGCAAGAUCAGCUGUAGCAAAAUCUACUUAA